AUGCUUCGCUGUACCAAUGGCGCUGCGCUUCGGACGAGUGUCCAGCACACUGUCGGACUGAAAAGUCUGCCGGUCUCAAGAUCCACUCAAGUCUCUCAGAGUAUCCUAUACGGUGCUCCUCUUGCGCGUGCCGCACAGAGAGGUCGCGUUGUGGGGAAAUCUGUAGCCUGGGGGUCAAUUUCCGGCGUGAAGCGGUACUCGACAGAGGCUGCGAGGUUGGCCGAUGCGGAAGAGCAAAGUGCUGCUGAUUCAACGGCGAAUUUUGAGGACGACGAACCACCACAGAAAAAGAAACCGAUCUGGGACAAGAGAAAACGCUUCCAGGACCAUGUGCUGUUGGAGAUUGCCAGCGGCGGGGCGCAUCCCGAUGGCGGUCCCUUAGCGGACGUUGUCAGGAGGAAGGUGGUAAAGAGGGAGCUGCAGUGGUUGCAGGAUCCCAAGGCGCUGGCGGACCGGGUCGCCAAAAUCUUGCAAGCCGACGAUUUUGCUCUCGCGGUGGCCAUUGUUCGCGGGGCGCAGAAGGAGAAUAUGGAGUGCUCAGUGGGGUGGAAUCACUUACUGGAGUACUGUAUGAACAAGAAGCAACCUAAAGCGGCAUGGAAGCUCUACAAUGAAAUGAAGAAGCGUGGACGAAAGCCUACUUCCUGGACUUAUACGAUUAUGUUGUAUGGUCUUGCCACAGUGCCGAAAAACGUGCACAUAGGGUUGAAUCCCGUGCAAACUGCUUUGUCAAUUUACAGAUCUAUCUAUGAGCUUAACUCUGCAGUUAAGCCUUCUAUCAUCCACAGCAACGCCAUGCUCACCGUAUGUGUUCGCCAUGGACAUACAGAUACACUAUGGGAGAUUGCGAGUGAGCUACCCGAGGAGGGGCCAUGCUCACCCGAUGCUGUGACAUACACUCUUAUAUUGAGAGCCAUCAGAGACGCCGUCAGUACUGACGUGACUAAGAUGUCUGAGAUUGAUCGCAUCUUGGAGCGAAGGGCUCAGGGCGUCAAGGAAGGCAAACGAAUCUGGUCUGAUGUUGUCUAUCGGUGGAGCAGAGGUCAACUCGACUUAGACAUCCAACUCGUGCGUACAAUGGCCCGCCUCUUGCUUGAAGGCGGCAGCGAGCGCGAUUGUUACGAUGUCUUCGCACUCUUGAAUCAAACUACUGGGCUUCCCAUCCUGGCAAAGAAGCCUUCACCUGAGCGCCAGCGGGAGUCUGAGAUGGCCAGACGCCUAAAGAGCCGAUCCGCAGAAAAUAAGGAGAUGGAAGACGUUCCCUUUGUAGACGAAGGCAACCGACCAUACAAACCAGCAGAGACCGAAAUGGAAGAACGGGAAGAAAAGGCAGAGCUAAAAGAGGAAGAGGAAGACGAUGAGGAAUUCGAAAAUCUUUUUGACCCAGUGGUGUCUACUGAUUCUGCUUCCAAAAUGAAGAAAGGCACCAUUGGUCCAUCCUACGUUGUUCCAGGUGACAAGGAGCUCACCAUACUCGUGGAAACUUGCUAUACCAUGACUCAGGGUCUUGGUACUGGAAAAGCUUACUGGAAGCAUCUAACGCUCGACGAUCACGAGUAUACCAUCAAACCAGACAUGCCUUCGUUGCAUGCAUACUUACGACUACUAAGAGUUUAUCGCGCUAGUCGUGCUACGGUCGAGGUUGUGCGCGAGCAGGUGCCCGAACCAGUAUGGAAAACAUUCCACAUCGCGAUGAGCUGUUGUCUUCGCGAUCGCAGGAAUAUCAACGUUCUCAAAAAUGCCAACGAACUAUUGGGAAUCAUGGACAAGUCCAUGGUCCUUCCCCACCCCCGGGCGCUUGAGAAGUAUCUUAACCUCGUGCAAACACUACAGGACAAUCCACAGCGCCUCAUAUCAUUGAAUGGUCUGAAGAUUGCGCGGAAACCCUCUGACAGCCUCGACAUCGUGGGUCGGAAAUUACAGCUGAGCUUGCAGACAGUUGCUCUGGAGAACCUGCGUCCUCACAUUGACAAGCUUCAUGAGGCUAUGAAGAAUGGAAAGACUUCAUUUAUUUCACCGGCUGAGCGGACGCGGGCGGGCGCGGCCGAUACUGUUUCUGGUGCGACCGCUCGCACGGUGAUGGAUCGCACCCGAGGUCUGAUUGACGAGAUCCUCAAGCCUGAGAAUGCGUCCCUCCUUUCCAAACUGGACCGUGAGCAAUUCGAGCAAGAGUCGCAGAAACUCCGCGAAUACUCGGAUGCCGAGAUGGUCCGAAAGUUCGAAUACGCUCGAUUGCAUCCAACUCUCGAACAGGUCAUGGCAUUCCAGGAGAAGCAUGACCCUAAACAGAACGCUGUCGAGACCCAGGCCGCUGACGACGCCGACUAA